GCGAUUCACGGAUUCGGCCGACUAUCUUUCAAAAGUUUCAACGCUGAAGAGGCAAGGAUCUCGAUACCGAUCGCACGUCGCGGCAGCCUCAAGUUAUCGAUCGAUACGAAAAGAUGCGGUCCCACUCGCGAUACCCGGUCGAUUACUCACGCGGUGUGUGAAGUUUCGAGAAUAAAGGACAGCCGAGAGAGCGACUGGAUCGGAAGUUUUGUUUUUUUUUUAUGAAUUUUUUUCUCGUUUCGCUCACUCGUAAUCGAGGAGAACAAAGAUCGGCUUCGCUGCAGCGGUAAAUGAGAAGAGCGACGUUGAAUCGCGUGUGUCGCACUUGUUGCGCUGACCUGUUAGGAUUCUUCUUGACGCGUAGCGCGGCAUCGGAUAGUCGCAACGAUUGCGAUAGAACGAAAUUAGAUGCGUUUCGUGGGUAUUUCGCGGUGCAUCGACGUCGCACGGUGCGGGGAGGGAAUGUGAAUCGGGAACGGUGUAUACCUAUGUAUAUCUGCGAGUACACGAGUUGAAUGGAUUUGAGGAUAAAGGAUCCGCUGUUGCUGCUGCAACGCAAGUACCCCGGCGUUGACAAUGGUGGGGAUUGCGGUUAAGGAAAGUGAGGUGGAAAAUAGCCGCAGACUGUCCCCGUCUCAAAUGACCACUGGAACUACGUUGAAGAUAUUCAACUUCGUACAGUACAUGGGCUCCUUCGCCGUUGGAAGUCCUGAAGUCGCUGGACGGGCGGAGUACGUGCGAUCGCGACUCGGUGCUCUUAGACACAGUCACCGUUCAACACCCGUACUUCUAAUCAUCUCGCUAGCGGGGAUCAAAGUAUGCAGUCCAGAUGGAAAAACAGUGCAGAUGGCCCAUGCGCUGAGACGCAUUUCGUACGCUACCUGUGAGCCUCAAUACGCCCAAUUCAGUUUCUUGGCAAGGGAACCCGGGGCGCACUUCAGUCUUCAGUACUGCCACUCCUUCAUCACCGAAACUCCUGAACAGGCCGAGGAACUAAACACUAUUGUCGGAAAUGCAUUUCGUAUGGCGUACGCGGCGCAACUCCAGAGACAGCCGAUCCUUCAGGAGGUGAUCUCGCCCCAACCAACCCCUUCGCGUCGCAAGGAUCGACCGGAACGAAAUACUAAUUUGCAGAACAAACAGCCGACGCGGGGGUCCGCUGACUCGACGGAUAAAACGACAAUUUUCUGGCCCCAGAGUGUCCUGGCGCCUACCCCCCGUGGAGGUGGUGUCCCACCCUCCACAGCGGAAAUGAACGUGCAACUCGGUAGUGCCGGGUCUCCCACCUUACGCUUAUCAACUGUAAAGACGCCAAACUCGAUUCCGGGACUAAGACCCUCGCACAAUUUCAACAACGUUUUGGGUCCCAUAACGAAUGAAGAUGGUCCCAAAAGCAUAUCGCAACAGAGCACACCGAGCAGUGACGAAAGCAACUCCCCGACGGAGUUGAAUUCGUACAAAAGGUUGACGGACAAACCACCCCUGAUAAAACGCCUGACGAUGGGCCUAGCCGGGGGUCGUGAUCUCCUCACCAUCAAUAGCGAGGAUGAUAGUUGCCCCCUCGUAAGCGGAGGUAGCACCCCAACCAGUCCAACGAACAGACCAAGAUCGGGGGGCUACGUGAACGAAGCCAUCAUCGACUCCGAAGGAACAAGGAUGAGCUACAAUAAAAUUACCUGUGCAUCUGAAAAUUUAGAUAACACUAUCAAUUCCUCAUUGACAGCGAAGAACUUCAAUGCGGAGAAUAACAGGAUAAGUCAUAAUUCGCAAAAUUCUGUUGCUGAAAACGAAUUCAAGUCUAAAAGAAGAUCUCAAAUAAGUACGUCCGGGAGUUCGGUUCCUCCUGACGGUAGUACUCAGGGUUCAACGCCGACCCAAACGCCUACCCCUACACCCCCACCCCUACCUGAGCGAACGGAUAGCCUUAACAAUCGUACGGAGGAAAGUGAGCUAAGAAAAGCUCCCUGGUUCCAAGCAGGCAUUCCGAGAGAAAUAACACUCGAAGUUCUGAGCCAAGAACCGGAGGGUGCUUUUAUGGUACGAGAAAGCACCAGCAAACCCGGAUGUUACGCUCUUUCCUUGAGGGUACCACGAGAAUUUCAGCCUAGCGGUAUCGCUCAUUAUCUAAUCAUGAGAACGAACAAGGGAUACAAAAUCAAGGGUUUCACCAAAGAGUUUACAACGCUGACGGCACUGAUAACGCACCAUUCGGUGAUGCCUGAACUUUUACCGUGCCCCUUGUCCCUUAGUCGAUACAACCCUAGCUUCGUAAAAAGCGAUUCCAAUAAGGAUUUCGCAGAUAUCGACUCUGACCCUGACUACAAUACGCUGGCAGAUUUUCGAAAAAUGAUGGCAGACUUGAACGUCUAAUUUGCCUACCGUUCCCGCUGCAUAAACAUUGUGUAAUGAUUGUUCCUGAUAUGUCGAGUAUACGAGAGGCACCAUGCGCCGGAUGAUGAUACAAACUUUUUUCCCAUCUAGAAAGAAAAAAGGUACAGACUCGCGCUUUCAAAGCCUUACCCUUACUACCCUUAUUAAAUGUGCUCCAUAAGCGAACUUUUUAUACUUCGCGGGUGGCAGGCGGGGUAAACGAUUUUCACAAAAAAUGAUAAGGCGACUGGAUCCUGCGGCGACUCACAGCCAAAUACAGAGAAGAAGGGG